AUGGAAGAGGGUCUGAAGUUGGUAGUGGACUGGGAAGUGGUUAAUAGUCAGGAGACGGGUGGAAAAUCUGCCAACAUGCAGGGUGCAAAGGAAGUCAGUUUUAGCAUCCUGCCUUUUGGGCAAGCUGUAGCUAGCAUGUACUAGCCCACAAGUCAUUUCAACUAGCCCCAAAACCUUUUUGAUUAACAGGACUGAUAACAAUCCUUCUGUAAUUUGAAUUUCCCCAAAAAACAACACUUGCUCGUUGGGCGAGUUAAGAACAAAGAUCACUAUCCCAAUAGCAAAAUUCACUAGCCCCAGGAUAUCAGACACGACUUUCUUUGCAUGCUGACAUGGAAAAACUGGCCCUUCAAAGAUUACUACAAAGGCUGAAGGACGUACUGAAAGUAGAUCAUCUUGUCACAGAUGCAUCACCAUCUACUGUAUCAAGACACUGGUGCGGGGUCUAAAAGGUAUAGCAUUUCAUUCCAAUAAUGAAAUUAUCUACAUGUACCGUAAAUCCUCUAUUAAGCCCCCCCUCUCAAAUAAGCCCCCUCCCUCUAAUAGCCCACCCCUUUUCUGGGGAAGAUAGGGUUAGUUAUAAGCUCCCCCCCCUCCCUCUAUUAAGCAGGUGCAAAUGGUGGCGGCAGGUGGCCUGUCUUUAUCACCAUGAAAAAGGCCCAGGGGUAUUGCUGUGCUGCUUCCAUUUGGAUUGGAUGCAAGUUCAUUGCUCAUUUCCCUACCCAUAUGCCAUUCGUUAUUUAUUUUCUGUCUGGAGUGUAGAAGCGAAGGACUUUAAAUUUACUGAUAUCUUCCCUUUGCUAAAAUAAAGUUGUUGCGCCUAAAUUGUAAGGGGUUAUAGAAAUAUUAUCAUGUAUAGAAAGUGGGUAAAUGGCUCUUUUCAAAACUUAAUUUGGGCCUUAAAAUUAUUGUUGCAUAUAAUUAUUUGCUUUGUUUUCCAUUUUUUUCACAGACGUACCAGAUUUAAGGAGUUCCGUAAUAACUUUAAAACUGCUGUGGUUCAAUUUAAUCCUUGAUUUUAACUGUAAUUUUUCUUUGCUUGUAAUACAGUUGUGUUGGUAAAAUCCAUUCUCAGAUUGCAGUAAAUUUUUUUCUCCUCAAUCAAGAGAGGAUACAAGUGCACUUUGGUUCAAUGCGAGAAUUGUUUUACCCUUCAAUAUAGACAAUCUUUUAUUUUUUUACUGCAGAACAACAUAGAGAACUCCAGGAAGUCAUCCAUGACCUGCUGGACAUUUGGCACAAGUCUGCAAAACUUGUCAAGGCUUUGACUGAUGUAAGUUAUAUAUAGUUUGAUUAAGAUAUCUAGUUAGAUUAAUAUUAACCUUAAAAAGCAGUGCAUGAGCAUGUCUUUAAAAUAAGCUACUGCGGUUUUCAUAAAAACUAUUAUCUCAACUGGCUGCUAACUUGAAAGGCUGUAGUGAUAUAAGUGACUGGAUUGAGCCAACCACUUCUGGAUCUGUUGCCAACAAGCCAGUGGUGAUGUGCUUGCACUGA